AUGUGUGCAGGCUCGGCGCUGCGGCAGGAGCAGCGGCAGGACUUCGGGCAGGAAUUGCGGCAGGAGUUCCACCGGGAGUACCGCCGCUCUCUGCAGCGGGAGCUCGGCCCCGCCGGGACCUGCCCCGGCCCCGCCGUGGCGGAGCGGCUGCGGCAGCGGCUGCAGCAGGAGCCGGCGCUGCUGGAGGCGCUGCACGAGGACGCCCUGGCACUGCUGGCCCGGGGGCUGCGGGACCACCCCGACCCCGGGCUGGCGCUGCGAGGCCUGGCCGGCGCCUUCCGGCUGCUGGAGCUGGCGGCCCAUCCCGGUGAGGCCCCGAGGUGGCGAGGGGAUGGCGUGGGGGUCCCCAGACACCCUCAGCCACGCUCCCCGCUCUCCUUGCAGACCUUCUCCGGCGCCUACGUGCACCUGCUGCGCCCGGCGCUCCCCGAAGCCGACCUGCUGCGGAGUUUGGGCCGGCUGGGCUACGAGCGGCGGGAGCGGCACCGCCUGGCCGUGGGCCGGCUGCCCCCGGGGCCCGCGCUGAUCGCCGCCGCUGUCGGCUUCCUGGCCUGCCGCCUGGAGUGCGAGAUCCUGGCAGAGCGGGCGCUGCAGCUGCGACAGCCCCGUGCCGAGGAGCUGCUGGAGGCACGGCACCGGGCUGGGAGUGCCAAGGGAUGGCUGGAGAUGCUGCAGGACCCGGGGACACAGCGCAGGGUGGCUCCCGACUGUGGUGACAGCAUGGAUCUCUACCAGGAGAGGCCAGACGGCCCUGAAGACACGGGCAGCAAGGACACAGCCCCCCCAGCGCUGUGGAGGGACCCUCAGGACAUGCCCGCGAGGGGCUGGGGCCGCUGCGACAGCACGCUGGGGCCAGAGCCUGUGGGCAGCGCUGAUCCGGACACCUCCUCUCACCUGUUCCCGCAGCCAGAGCUGGCGGGGACCGGCACAAGUCCCCAGGUGCUGGGGGAGCCCCGAGAUUCCCCCCAGGCCGUGCCAGAGCUGCCCUGCUACCAGCUGCACUCGUGCCUGCAGCGGGGCAUGCUGCCCUCGUACUGCUGCAGCACCUGCCGGCAGCUGCACGGGGGCGGCUGCGCCCUGGGCCGCGCCUGCCGCAGCCAGCACCGCGGGCAGGAGCUGCACGGGGAGCGGCAGCAGCGCCUGUGGCUGCAGCGCAGCGAGCUGGACAUGCUGCUGGCCCGGGGCUCUGUGCCCCCCUCCUGACGCAGUGCCCAGAGCUGGACAUGCUGCUGGCCCAGGGCUCUGUGCCCCACUCCUGACAUGGCCCUGCUGCUUGGCACAAGGACCCGGACUCAUCAGCCCCCGAGACAGCGGUGCCAGGCCCUGCUCCCGCCCGGGCACUGCUGCUGUAAAUUAUUCUGUGCAUCAGUAAAGUGGCUGCCUCA